UUUUAAACAGAGGAGAAAAAUGUCAUCACCUCUCAAUAAAAAUAACAGCAUCAUUACUGCAGUCUUAAAUGUCACGUGAUCCUUCAGAAAUCAACCUAAUAUGCUGCGAGUAAGAUUAUAUGUUAUUUGGAUGAUUGGAAAAUGUCACAUUCAUUGCCGUGUGCUUUAAGUUCAAAACUAAGAUUUCUUAUUAACUGAUCAGAAAAGUUUCAGUUAAAAGCAGUGAGAUCAUAUAACACUUCGUGUUGAUGAAUUCGAGGGAUGAAACCGUAUGCAUUAAAAUGCAGUUAUAUGAACUGAUGUGCCAUAAAAACAAACAUUCAGAAGCACUUAUCCUAUUUCUGUGACAGAUCACUGGGACUCUCGCCCUCUCGUGGCCAAUUACGUCAUUGCAUACGCUUUCAUCCCUGAUUCGACCAAUGAGCGCGGCGCUUCAGAAGCCGUUCUCUUCCUGAUGGCAUGGAAACAGGGGAAGAAAAAUCGAGGUCAAAAUAUUUUGACACGUGACUCGGUAGCGAUUGGUUAUCGAUGCGUCAAGACCCUGACACAUGGCACGGGCAUAUGCGACCAAAGUGGCGUGAUGGAGGACCAUCUUUGUGGCAGAAAAUACGGACGCGCUUUUUAGUGUCUGCCUGCAAAGCCAUGACUAGAUCGAAAUGAAAAGCGCGUAGUUACUGCACUUGACUGAAUGGAUGAAUUAGGCGUCUAUGUGGGUACAUGAUGGGUAACGCCAGUAUUGACGUAAUCUGUGGAGAAACGCUGAUCUAGGAGAGAGCGCGAGUGCUCCCCCGCAACAACCCCAUCCAAGAAUGAAGGGAUCCUCUGCAUUUAUUGCUCACAGCACGAAACGUGUGUUCAGCUACCCGAGUCUCCAAAUACACUGCGUUACGCGGAUAUUGCGCGCAAUGUGGCAGUGAAACCUUUACAUUCAGAUGCACUGAUCAUUAGCUGUUCGUGCGCAUUCAUUUUAACUGCCUGACCAUUACUGCCUUGACCUGAACUAGUUAAAAUUUCCCAAUUGGAAAGGGCGAAUUCUGCACAGCAACAAGAGCCACGAUUGCGUUGCACACUGCCUAAGCAGUUAGUGCGCUUCUGGUCCAAUUGCUGAUGCUUUCCUCCUGCAAAAUCUGCCACAACCGUAGUAAUACCUUGACAACCGAACCCAGGCUUACAGAGAAACAUUUUUGACAACUCGACGACGGAGAUAUCAAAUCAAUAGCUUGAAGUUUGUUGGACAGGUCAUCGGAUAUUCCUGCGCGAAAGUUCUCACGCGGGCAAUUAAGAAUGAAGUACUGGUGCAGUCAGGAGUCUUCAUCUGCAGGACAGGAUGGAGCUUUUGGAGGAGGACCUCACGUGCCCAAUCUGCUGCUGUCUGUUCGAGGACCCGCGCGUUCUGCCCUGCUCUCACAGCUUCUGCAAGAAGUGUCUGGAGGGUAUCCUGGACGGUAACCGGAGCCCUACAUGGAGACCACCGUUCAAAUGUCCGACCUGUCGAAAGGAGACCGUCCACAACGGCAUCGCGAGCCUGCAAGUCAAUUAUUCCCUACGCGGCAUCGUGGAGAAGUACAACAGGAUUCGAGUGAUGCCGAGGAUGUCUCAGUGCAGAGUUCACAGCGGGCAGCCGCUCAACAUCUUCUGCGCUACAGAUCUGAAGCUCAUCUGUGGCUUUUGCGCCACGACAGGUGAUCAUAAAGGACACAAGUUUUGCGCACUGGAGGAGGCGUACGAACGGGAGAAGCUCGCGUUUGAGGAGUUGUUUCGCGUCGUGGAGGGCUGGAAGGGCGCGGAAGUUCAUUCGUGCCUGGAAUCGUUAGAGAGUGCAAAGAAGAAAGCGCUGGAGAGGGUCUCGCGGGACGCGGAUCGAGUCUCCGAAUACUUUGACAAACUUCUGCGCACGCUGGAGCACAAACGGAGCGAAAUCCUUUCGGAUUUGGAAACUUUGAAGCUGGCAGUCAUGCAGACCUUUGACCCCGAGAUCAACCGGCUGCGCUCAGCGCUCGAGGAGCAGCGGCGCGCGCUCAACAUCGCCGAAUCUUUCCGUUCGCUCUCGGAUCCGCUCACUUUCCUCCAGCAGAUGCAGGACUUCAGAGAAAAGUUGCGCGUCAUUCAAGGAACACCACUGCCGUCACGCACUGACAUGGAUGUGAGUUUGUCUGCCCUGCAGAGCUUUGAUGUGAAGGAAUGGGACCGGGUUCGCCUUGGACAGGUAGACAAACUUUGCGCCCCCUACGAGAGCAGCGCGUACCUGUCAUCUCUGCCCCCGGCUGCCGCUCCGCGGUUCACCCGUGUGAUGUGGAGAGUUGUUCUGGUUGUGUGUGCGUGUCUACCCGCGCUAAACUUUCUUCCGUCGGACUGUCUCGCUCUGAGCUUCCAGGAUAAAGUGGUUGCACUCGGCGGGUUUUCUUUGCCCAGUCCCGGAGAGAUUGUGCGCUGGCUCGGGUUCUGCUGGAAAGAAGCGGCCUCGAUUUGCACACUACUGACCGAGCUGUGUCGGAACUGUAUGUUGGACCUGAUAAACACAACAUCAGAUUUCAUCAGCUGAUUUUGUAACUCCAUUCAUUAGGUACUUUUUAAAAACAAAUGUAGCUACUAUAAUGUGCCAACCUUGAAUAUCCUGUCGAUUUUUGUAGCAUUGGGAAUUUUAGUUUCUAUUUUUAAAUGUGUAACAAUACGUGGGCUAUUAAAUUGCACAUUUUCUGUUGCCAUUAAUUACAAAAAGUAGAUGGAUGGUCUAAUAAUGGGGGAACAUUCCCAUAACUUAAUAAAAUGUAUUGUUACAAAACUAGAUGAUCUCCGCAAUUUUCCCUACAUCAUUUUUAAUUAUUAUAUUUUUGAUCAUUGCAGUUAAGAAAAUACGACUGUUAAGUAAAAUUAACUUAAACAAUUAAAUUAACACGAACACUGGUUCAUGUUGUGGAUCAUAACUUUUAUCUACCUUUGAGCGAGUUAUCAGCAUGCUCAAGGUUAAACGUUACGUAACACAAUGUCAGACUCACAACAGGACAGUGAAUUCAGUCCUUCAGAGUCACUUAAUUCUCAAUUAAAUUUAUACUAAGAACGAACUUUCAUUCCGCUAUAGGUUUGUUUCGUCGUACAAUAUUAAUGUUCCGUACCUACUUUUGUGUCGGCACAAAUAAUUUCAAAACUCUAAUAUAGACUAGUGAAAUGCUUCCAGAACAUCAUCAACUGAAUUGAUUCGUGAGAGCAUUUUAUAUUUCAUAUUCUGAGUAAUAAACAGAGCUCAAAAUGUUUAGCACCUGAUAUCUACCUAAAGCCAUGACUGUUAAAAGAGACUAAAAAAGGUGAAGGGAUCCCCUUUUUUCCUCAGUGUUUAAACAGGAAUCCUGAGAGAUUCUCGGACGACUCUGUUCUACUAUGACGUCACCGCCGGAGCCCUGCGCGCGUCAUCGAACAUAUAUUUAGCCGACUGUUGCCAGGCGAAUUGAGGAUGAAAAGUGAAAUUACCUACGUUACCAUAAUUUACAAAAAAAAACCUUACGUAACUUAAAAUAAAUUUAAUAACAGUAAAUGUAUUAAUAGGCUAAAUAAAUUUAUUUCAAAAACCUGCGGAAUGCAUUGCCGACAAAUAGGAAGCUUACUCUGAAAUGGCGCCAUGUUAUGUAAUUCCAGUUCUUCGAUUUUUAUUAUUUUAAACAAGUGUAACAUUGCAUCUUUCUAUUAAUGACACCACCUUGACCAUCACGUAUCUGCUUUGCACCUCUAAUUUAUUACACCACUAACAAUGUUGGUCUAAGUGGAGAAAAGGCAGUCUUGCAGAACCCAUGUGCAUUAUUUUUUUCAUUUACCCGUCUAUUGCCUUUGUAUUAUGUUUUUAAUGUUGACCAACUGUUGUCAAUAAUUGGCUGUCAAUAAUGAUCUUUUGAUGAAUCUGUGCACUUACAUGUUUUCCUUUAAAAAAAACUGUCAUAAGGACUGAACGACUCUAAUAAAUUGUUACAUCAUAUAUGUAAAUGCAU